GGCGUAGCUUCUGCAUUCUCCCUCCCUCUGCUCUUCGCCUCAGCUCUCCUCUUACUAAGGUAUGGAAACUGCUGUGGCUCCCGCUAUAGAAACCGUUCGAGACUAUGAUGUUAAGCUAUUCAACCGGUGGGACUUUGACAUUGAGGUGCGUUAUAUAAUUGUUCAUGGAUUGAUAGGAUAAUGUUGUGUGGUUAUUAUGUUGAUGAUUGAUUUAUAAUCCCAAUGGUUCAUUCUGCUAAUUUUAUGUAGUUAUUUUAAAUUUGUUGCAAAAAUACAUUUUGUAAAUGGUUUCCUGUGUUACACUUGGCAGUCUAUGUAUCUCUUGGUAUGUAUAUACAAUAAUUAUAAUCUCAUGAA